ACAUUAAUACCGAGGGACUCUUCAGAAAGUCUGGAUCUAUUGUUCGUUUAAAAGCUUUAAAGAGUAAACUGGAUCAAGGUGAAAACUGCCUCUCAGCUGCGCUGCCAUGUGAUGUUGCAGGGCUUCUUAAACAGUUCUUUAGAGAGCUGCCAGAACCCAUCCUUCCACCUCACCUGCAGGAAGGCCUUUUCAAAGCUCAGCAGCUAGGAAAUGAGAAGAAAACUGCAACUGUGUUGCUGUCGUGUUUGAUGGCCGACAGAACAAUUGAAGCUUUGAGAUACUUUUUCAACUUUCUGAGAACUGUGGCCCUACGAUCCAAGGAAAACAGAAUGGAUAGCAGUAACCUGGCAGUGAUUUUUGCACCCAACCUCUUGCACUCGAAUGAAAAUGAAAAGAUGUCAGCCAGUACAGAAAAAAAAAUUCGCUUGCAAGCUGCUGUUGUGCAAACACUUAUUGACCAUGCAGCAGAAAUAGGACAAGUACCAGAAUUUAUCUUGGAAAAGAUUCCUGCAAUGUUAGGUGUUGAUGCCUUUCAAUCUACUCCCUCACUGUGGGGCCACGAAGACAGUGAAAAUGAAUCUCCCAGUGAAUGUAAGAAGAGGAGGCACCGAAGUGUUGGAGAUAUUGUUAGUGGAGCAUUGAAUAAAUUUAAAUCUAACAGAACACCCUCCACUACACCUCAACAAGGCAGAAGCGUCCUUUCAUCAGUGACUCCGGUGGUUCUUACUCCAAGCACCAAGCGUAAACUUCCAACUGAUUGCUCUCAGGGCAUGUCCAGCAAGAAAAGACGAUCUUUUAAGCAUAGUUUUGCUUUUGAGUUGUUACCAAGUAGCAUUUUUAACAGCAGCUCAACACCAGCGUCAGUUCAGUUUGACGCAAGCCCUUGUGUGUCUCUUGAGUCAUCACAAACCUCACUGUCUCCUUCAACUGGUGGAGAAAAUCACCUGUCUAGUACAGGGAACAGAAGAAGUAAAAGACACGCAAGCAAAAAAUUAUACAGGGCUGAAUCAGGAAAGACAGGUUGUUUUUCUCCAAAGAUUAGCCGAAAAGAAAUGGUUCGUAGGUCAUUACGUUUGAAGUUUGGUUUGGGGAAAAGCAACAGAGAAAUGAAUAUUGUAUCAGGAUGUGCAGUGGGUAAUAGAUCUGAAAACAUUGGAAGGCGUCUUGCAAGUCAACAAGGUUUGGAAAGCAGAACUGAAUGUGCAAAAAGAGAUGUACUCUUCAGCCCAUGUGUCAAUGAAAAAUUCCUUAAGAAAGGUUCAAAGAAUGUGAGCAAGUCAGAAGAAAACUUUCUAACUCCAAAAUGUCACGAUAAAGUAGUUCACCGAAUGUCAUGGAAUAGUCCUACUGUUACAGAUUCUCAGGCGAUCAGCAGGAAUGAGGGAAUUCUACCAGGACACCCUGAAACAGGAAUCAGUUCUUCAGAAUCUGUUUUGGUAUUUGGAAAGCCACCAGUUGUUCCAGAUGAGUUCAAAUCCACAACUGUAAGCAAACAAGACAACAGCUUAGAACUUUUUCUUUGUGAAGAUGAAAGUACUUCAACAGCAGAAACAUUACUGAAAGUUAAACAAGCCUUUUCUGCAUCUGGAAGUAAUCGUCACAAUUUGAUAGGUGAUACAAAAUCUUCCUUCUCAGAUGUAGCAGGAGAAACAUUAAAUGAAACUCUGUGUCUCACAGGGCUCAGUCUGGAGAAAGAAUUGUUAGCUCAAGAAGUUUCGGAAAAUCUAGCAAAUACAAAAUCCGGAGAGCUGUUGCACCAAUUUAAUCAAUCUUAUGCUAUUGAUAAUCAGCAAUCAAAAAAUGAUGAAAUUAAAGUUAUGGAGAAAAGAAACUUCAAAACUUCUAUUGAGAUUGAACUUCAGGUCCCGAAACCAGAUAUAAAAAAUGUAACAGAACUUCCUGUGCCUCAAGUACUGGCCAGGGAAGACAAGUUGACUGUUCAGAACAGUUCAUCAAAAGACGACUUAAACAAAUUAGAUUCCUUCGGAAGAAAAGAGGGAAUAGAAUUAAAGCACUCACACACAGCUGAAAACUGUACGGUAAAAUGCUGUAAUUUGGAAGAAGAUGCCGCUAAACUUUCUGUGGCAGGACAGCUUCCUACUUCGCAGUUGCCUAAAUCACAAAAUGAAGUAGGCAACCAAUACUUGCAAGCUGAAAAUUCUGAUAAAACUUUAACUAAAACAUCAACUGUUUCUGACCGUGGAAAGGUUUCUGACCACAUACUAUGGUUCAACAAGCUUUCAUUAAAUGAUCCAAGUUCUGCAAGCAAAACUAAACCACCUCUUAAGUUUCAGCGUACUCCUGUUAGACAGUCUGUAAGAAGAAUGAAUUCCUUAUUGGAGGCUAACAGACGAUCUGUAAGCUCUCAGCUGCUUAAAGCAAGUGAUGUUGGUUCACCACUUGUUAAAUCUUUGAGCUAUGAUUCUGCGCUGUUCUCCUGCACAGAAAAGCCCUCGAAGAAUUCUGUGGCUUUGCCACUCAAGCGUGAAAGUAUGUAUGACCAAGUUUCUGUAUCUCAUAAGCAGCUAGACUUAACAUCCAAAUCAUGUUGCAGGCCGUUAAAUCCAUCAGACAAGCCUGAUGUUUCUGUCAGAACUGCUGGAAUCCAUGAACAGAAAGUGACUGUUCAUCCAUCAAAGACUGUUCUAGAAGAUCUAACCAAUCAUGAAACAGUGAAAUCCAGUUUAAGAGUUAACACAAAUAUAAAUAUUCCAGGUGCCGCCCCAGAAAAAUCUACAAUCAGAAGAAGUGCUCCAGGAAAAGAAAGAGUUCGCUAUAGAGGCUCUCCAAAGAAUCCAAUAUCUAAAGUGAAACUGCUACCAACUGCAAAACCAGUAGACUUAUAAGAUCAAAUAUGAUGGCUAAAUGGGCUUAUUGUAACUCGGUUAGUCCUUGGAAAAUCUAAAUUUGUAUGAUUUUUUUUUUUAGCUCUAAUUAUUUGUAUUUUUUGAUUUAUUUUUUUAACUGUACCAGUCAUGGACUUGUACAAAUAACUUGUUUUACAUUGAGGUUUUCUUCAUUUACUGAAACUUUUGUAAAUGCUAGUCAGUUCAUCCAAAUGAAGUUGACUUCUAAAACAAAAAUAACCUGUUUUUACAAAUGUUUGUGUUAGAUCUCAUAUUUGAUUAUCUCAGCUUCUAAAAACAUGCUGCAUCUCCCAAAACAAUUUUUGCAGUAUUUAGACUAAGUACAAAGUUUUUUAAAAAGAAUUCUCAAACAUUAAAAACAAAACUAACAGACAUGUGAAGGAAAAUGUCUUGAUGCUGAGUAUUGGUAGUUAAAUUUAUUUACUUCUUAGUUUUAACUGUAUUGUAGCACUACUUUGAUAUUUAAGUUGGACCUUACACCAGCUCUACUUCAAGGCAAUAGUUUUUAUUUCUAUUGGAGUAAAUUGGGAGCAUAUUUUCCUUGUUGAGUAGGUAAAUGAAUUAUAUUUUGACAUGACACACUGGACAACUGUUAGAACGCAUGGAAAAUAAAUGUGCAGUUUAUUCAAGAAGUAAAGUCUUAAAACUUCAUCUAGCAAUGUGUUCUGCAAUACAUAGGUAUCGAGUAUUUUCAGUUGUGAGCAGUAAAAUGUUUUAUCUUAAUAUGAAAGGAUGGUUUUAACUUAUUUUUAGAGCAAUAGAAUAGUGUUAACUAGGUGGUGCAGAAGCAGGUUUUGGAUGCUGAUAAUGUUGCAAGAGACGAAUGUAAGAAGCCAUAGUGUGUUAAAACUUGAUUUGCAUGAGCAAAUGUUUACAUCUUUUGGAAUUAAAACUGUUUAUGUCUGCCAUCAGUUGUAAAAUUAUUUAAGAGUAAACACUUGAGACUGUUCGUUAGCUUUCUGUAUGUACGAAUUGCUUAUUGGCAAAAUGUAAGAGCUGAAAGC